GAUACGCAUGGUAUUUUCGUUAAAUAUGUUGAUAGGGAUAGUUCUGUGUAAGAUGUUUUGCGUACUUAUUAUCUUAUCUAUUUUAUUAUUAAUGUUGAGGAAACAAUACUCCAAAAUGCGAGCGGAUAGAACGCACAGCGAAACAGUAGUAGCUUUCUUUCAUCCUUAUUGCAAUUCUGGCGGUGGUGGUGAAAGAGUACUUUGGGCUGCAGUCAGUGCUAUUCAAAACAAAUAUCCCAAUGUACACAUAGUUAUCUAUACUGGAGAUCUUGAUGCGCAUCCAGAACAAAUUUUAAACAGGGCUGAAAAAGUAUUUAAUUACAAAAUUGAGCAGAAGAUUGAAUUUAUAUAUUUGCAUGGACGCAAAUGGGUAGAACCAUCAAUGUAUCCAUAUUUCACACUUUUGGGGCAGAGUUUGGGAUCACUUUGGCUAGCCCUUGAAGCUUUAAAUACUUUCGUACCAGACAUUUACAUUGAUACCAUGGGUUAUGCAUUUACGUAUCCAUUAUUUAGAUAUAUUGGUGGAUGUCGAAUAGCAACAUAUACUCACUAUCCUACAAUUUCAACCGACAUGUUGAGACACGUUUAUAGAAGAACUGUCUCACAUACUAACAGAAGAGUUAUAGCUAGAAAUCCAUUUUUAUCAGCAGCCAAACUUGUUUAUUAUAAAUUAUUUGGACUUAUAUAUGGUUGGGUUGGUAGCAGAGCAGAAAUUAUAAUGGUUAAUUCUUCAUGGACUGAAGAACAUAUUAACGCAAUUUGGAAAUGCCCAUUGAGAACUCAUAAAAUUUAUCCACCAUGCAAUGUAAAGCACUUGACAUCCCUGUCGCUUCCCGAUGAUGAUGAAAAAUGUAAGAACAUUCGUAUAUUAUCAGUUGCCCAAUUUAGACCAGAAAAGAAUCAUCCAUUAAUGUUGAAAGCAAUGUAUGAGCUUAGAUCAAUUGUCCAAGAAGAAAUUUGGGAGAAAACUCGUUUAAUUCUUAUUGGUUCCUGUCGAAAUUUUGAAGAUGAAAUACGUAUGAAAGAUAUGCAGGAUUUAUCAAAACAUUUUGCAUUAGAUGAAAAUGUAGAAUUUAAACUGAACGUACCAUACUCGGAACUUCUAUCGGAAUUUCAACGGGCAAUGAUAGGAUUGCAUACAAUGUGGAAUGAACAUUUUGGCAUAAGCGUUGUUGAAUGCAUGGCAGCGGGAUUAAUUGUAAUAGCUCAUGCUUCUGGUGGGCCAAGGGCUGAUAUAAUAGAAAUACAACCAGGAUCACAAAAUGGAUUUUUAGCUACAGAAGCUGAAGAGUACGCAACAAUUAUGGCACAAAUUAUUAACAUGCAUUCCGAAGGUAGAAAUGCUAUUAGGACGGUUGCUAGGUAUCGUUAUUUUUGUAUUAUGUUUUUCUUAAUAUUUUUGAAAAUCUUAUUGGCAAUAUCAGAUAUAAAUUAUUUUUACAGAGCAUCCGUAAAUCGGUUUUCGGACGAAGUGUUUGAAAGAGAAUUCUUGCGAACGAUAGAACCAUUCUUUAGACAAAAACAAGAA